GUGAUUGUAAACGCAAUAACCGAAAUAUAUACCGUUUAACCUCUCCGCUUCGAAACUAUGUAAAUGUUAUCACACUGAGACACAAACAGCUAUGUUAACAAAUUCACAAAGCCAACCCGCAAAAUAUAUUUCGAUUUCACAGUAUCGGCCGAUGAAAUAUAAUCUCAACGACAAGUGGCUAGAAAACUACCAACACAGUAAGUUUUACGUUUUUCAUACACUUUUUAUAGUCUAACCAGUUGAUUAAACAAAUUUUUGUCUUAAAAGUUCUACUGAUUAAUUAAAUAACACAAUCGACUAAAUAAAUUAUCUUAAGUAACAAUUUCAAGCUUCAAAAGUUACAAAAAUGAAUCUUUACUGGUUUUUAUUGCCAUUUGCAAUUGUAAAUGUUUUGGCAGAAUUAAUACAGGAUUAUGUAGAUUUGGUUUCCACUACAACUAAAUACAUCGAGAAUGCUUCUAAACAAAAAAAUAAGAAAGAAGAUCCAAACAAAGUUCUAAGUAGAUUGGAGUAUAUAGUAAAAAGAAUUAUCCUUAAAAAUAAAUAUAAAAUGGACGAAUUGGCUUUUAUGAUGACUGUACCAAAUAUUGCACUUCAUUUUCAUACUCUUCAAGAAUGCAUGAACUAUCAGAAUAAUAUGCAAACGGAAAUAUACGAAGCCAUAUCUCUCCGCAAACCUUCCGCUGAUACCGUGGAUUUUGGAUUUACGACAUCUCAUUUGUUAUUAACUAGUGAAACAAGAAGAGAAAUAAUUCAUCCUUUUCUACUAUCCCUACUCCAAAAAAUAAUAGGUAAUAUUGAAACGGGUUUCAACCCAACCCAGCUUUGCACUUUAAUAGGAUUAUACAAAAGUUCAUCAAGAUUUACAAAGCUAUUUAUAAAAACUGCUGAAGUUGACUCUGAUGACAAUUGCAUCCUGAUUUCUAAUGAUGACCAAAUUACCUACUUCAAACAGACUAGAAAACUAAGUGAAACGGAAGGAAAGGACGACAUUGUUGAAUUUUUACCAGGUGUUGUUAAAACUGUAUCACUUGUUCCGGAUAUUAAAAAGAUUAUUGUAAUUUCGUUAGAGUCUGAUACUUUUUCAGAGACUGAUGAAAAUUGAAUCUCUUUUUGUUUACUAAUUUUUAUGCACUCAUCAUUCAAUUUUAAUAAUUAUUAUAUAUAUUAAAAAGUACUAUCGUCAUUAUAUUUAAAUAAUUUCUGCAUACCGCAUUAACAUAUAACCUUGUUAAAUUAGAUCAUAA